AUGGCGCACGCGGGGCCGUGGCUCCCCGGCGAGGGCUCGCUGGUGCGCGCCACCGGCCACGGGGAGGUGUGGGAUGACUGGAGCCCGACGGCCAAGUUCGCCCAGUUCGGCUGGAGGUGCAGCACCAACGAAAGCAGUUACUCGCACAAAACCCUCAUGGGGAACUGGAACGAGGAGCGAUUCAGUAUCCAGAAAGCUGUGCAGCCCAAGCCCCUUCCUUCCCAGUAUUCUCACUGCUUUGAAACAACUUACUCUUCAGAUUUCGACAAGGGAAAGCAUCAAAUAACAAGAAGAUUUAAGCAAGAACCUCACUGGUUUCCAGGCCACCAGCCUGAGUUGGAACCCCCUUCUUUCAAGCCAACUGAGCAGUCCUGCUACAUGAUCGACUACAGACCUCCAUAUGAGAGCAUUUCUUUUGCUAGCGACCAAGGCUUGGAGAAAGAACAAGAGGGUGCGGGAAAAACAACAGCAAACCUACAGACUGCGCCUCCAGAGUGACAAGAGGCCUGUCUGCCAGCUGUGCUACAAGGAGGGCCUUCAGGAUGAAAAAACUUUCAGACAUUAAAACCAAAUGUAGCACCAUGUGAAAUAUAUUCUUCUUGCUUCCCAAGAUGUACUGUUUGUCACUUGUCUGUUUUUCUGUCGCUUGUUUUGUGUGCAGAGGUGAUCAAGGGCAUCUAUAUCGUGCUGUGCCUUGUCAGUGAGGUUCAAAUAGGGCUGUGAGCUGGAAGAGCUUAUUACAGCCCGCUAAUAGAAAACGUUAGAACUUGGCAUCUGGGUGGGGUUUGGGGCAUUUGAUUACGACUCCACAUCACUGAUUG